AUGGCCGCGCGGGCAGCAGCGGCGGCGGCGGCGGCGCGGGCGCGGGCGCGGGCGGGCAGCGGCGAGCGGCGGGCGCCCCCCGGGCCGCGGCCGGCGCCCGGGGCCCGGGACCUGGAGGCGGGGGCGCGCGGCGCGGCGGCGGCACCGGGACCCAUGCUGGGGGGCGGCGGCGACGGCGGCCUGAAUAAUGUGCACCACCACCCCCUGCAUCCCCGUCACCAACUGAACAUGGCCCAUAACGCGAGCGCUGCGGCCGCCGCCGCCGCCAGCACUAACAGCGCCAAGAGCGGCGGCUCCGAGGCGGCUCUCAAGGAGGGUGCAAGCGCCGCCGCGCUGUCCUCCUCCUCCUCCUCCGCGGCGGCGGCGGCGGCGUCCUCCUCUUCCUCCUCGUCGGGCCCGGGCUCGGCCAUGGAGACGGGGCUGCUCCCCAACCACAAACUGAAAACCGUUGGCGAAGCCCCCGCCGCGCCGUCCCACCAGCAGCACCACCACCACCACCAUGCCCACCACCACCACCACCAUGCCCACCACCUCCACCACCACCACGCACUACAGCAGCAGCUAAACCAGUUCCAGCAGCAGCAGCAGCAGCAGCAGCAACAUCCCAUUUCCAACAACAACAGCCUGGGCGGCGCGGGCGGCGGCGCGCCUCAGCCCGGCCCCGACAUGGAGCAGUCGCAACAUGGAGGCGCCAAGGACAGUGCCGCGGGCGGCCAGGCCGACCCCCCGGGCCAGCCUCUGCUGAGCAAGCCGGGCGACGAGGACGACGCGCCGCCCAAGAUGGGGGAGCCGGCGGGCGGCCGCUACGAGCACCCGGGCCUGGGCGCCCUGGGCGCGCAGCAGCAGCCGCCGGUCGCCGUGCCCGGGGGCGGCGGCGGCGGCGGCCCGGCGGGCGUCUCGGAGUUUAAUAAUUACUAUGGCAGCGCUGCCCCUGCUAGCGGCGGCCCCGGCGGCCGCACUGGGCCUUGCUUUGAUCAACAUGGCGGACAACAAAGCCCCGGGAUGGGGAUGAUGCACUCCGCCUCAGCCGCCGCCGGGGCCCCCAGCAGCAUGGACCCCCUGCAGAACUCCCACGAAGGGUACCCCAACAGCCAGUACAACCAUUAUCCGGGCUACAGCCGGCCCGGCGCGGGCGGCGGCGGCGGCGGCGGAGGAGGAGGAGGCAGCGGAGGAGGAGGAGGAGGAGGAGCAGCAGGAGCAGGAGGAGCAGGAGCGGGAGCUGUGGCGGCGGCGGCGGCGGCGGCCGCGGCGGCGGCGGCAGCAGCAGCAGGAGGCGGCGGCGGCGGCUAUGGGGGCUCGUCCUCGGGGUACGGGGUGCUGAGCUCCCCCCGGCAGCAGGGCGGCGGCAUGAUGAUGGGCCCCGGGGGCGGCGGGGCCGCGAGCCUCAGCAAGGCGGCCGCCGGCGCGGCGGCGGGGGGCUUCCAGCGCUUCGCCGGGCAGAACCAGCACCCGUCGGGGGCCACCCCGACCCUCAACCAGCUGCUCACCUCGCCCAGCCCCAUGAUGCGGAGCUACGGCGGCAGCUACCCCGACUACAGCAGCCCCAGCGCGCCGCCGCCGCCGCCGUCGCAGCCCCAGUCCCAGGCGGCGGUGGCGGCAGCGGGGGCGGCGGCGGGCGGCCAGCAGGCGGCCGCGGGCAUGGGCUUGGGCAAGGACAUGGGCGCCCAGUACGCCGCUGCCAGCCCGGCCUGGGCGGCCGCGCAACAAAGGAGUCACCCGGCGAUGAGCCCCGGCACCCCCGGACCGACCAUGGGCAGAUCCCAGGGCAGCCCAAUGGAUCCAAUGGUGAUGAAGAGACCUCAGUUGUAUGGGAUGGGCAGUAACCCUCAUUCUCAGCCCCAGCAGAGCAGUCCAUACCCAGGAGGUUCCUAUGGCCCCCCAGGCCCACAGCGGUAUCCAAUCGGCAUCCAGGGUCGGACACCAGGGGCUAUGGGAGGGAUGCAGUACCCACAGCAGCAGAUGCCACCUCAGUAUGGACAGCAAGGUGUGACUGGUUACUGCCAACAGGGCCAACAGCCAUAUUACAACCAGCAGCCGCAGCCCCCGCACCUCCCGCCCCAGGCGCAGUACCUGCCAUCCCAGUCUCAGCAGAGGUACCAACCGCAGCAGGACAUGUCUCAGGAAGGCUAUGGAACUAGGUCUCAACCUCCUCUGGCCCCCGGAAAACCUAACCAUGAAGACAUGAACUUAAUCCAACAAGAAAGACCAUCAAGUUUACCAGUUGAAGUCUUGGCCUCGGAGGAUGCAGCCUUUGGACUCAAGGACCUGUCUGGCUCCAUCGAUGACCUCCCCACGGGAACAGAAGCAACUCUGAGCUCAGCCGUCAGUGCAUCCGGGUCCACGAGCAGCCAAGGGGAGCAGAGCAACCCGGCCCAGUCGCCUUUCUCUCCACACGCGUCGCCCCAUCUCUCCAGCAUCCCGGGGGGCCCAUCACCUUCUCCUGUUGGCUCUCCUGUAGGAAGCAACCAGUCGCGAUCUGGCCCAAUUUCUCCUGCAAGUAUUCCAGGCAGUCAGAUGCCUCCUCAGCCACCUGGGAGCCAGUCAGAAUCCAGUUCCCAUCCUGCCUUGAGCCAGUCACCAAUGCCACAGGAGAGAGGUUUUAUGGCGGGCACACAAAGAAACCCUCAGAUGUCGCAAUAUGGACCUCAACAGACAGGACCAUCCAUGUCUCCUCAUCCUUCUCCUGGGGGCCAGAUGCAUCCCGGAAUCAGUAGCUUUCAGCAGAGUAACUCAAGUGGGACUUAUGGUCCACAGAUGAGCCAGUAUGGACCACAAGGUAACUACUCGAGACCCCCAACGUAUAGUGGGGUGCCCAGUGCAAGCUACAGCGGCCCAGGGCCCAGUUUGGGUAUCAGUGCCAACAACCAGAUGCAUGGACAAGGGCCAAGCCAGCCAUGUGGUGCUAUGCCCCUGGGACGAAUGCCAUCAGCUGGGAUGCAGAACAGACCAUUUCCUGGAAAUAUGAGCAGCAUGACCCCCAGUUCUCCUGGCAUGUCUCAGCAGGGAGGGCCAGGAAUGGGGCCGCCAAUGCCAACUGUGAACCGUAAGGCACAGGAGGCAGCUGCAGCAGUGAUGCAGGCUGCUGCAAACUCAGCACAAAGCAGGCAAGGCAGUUUUCCUGGCAUGAACCAGAGUGGACUCAUGGCUUCCAGCUCUCCCUACAGCCAGCCCAUGAACAACAGCUCUGGCCUGAUGAACACACAGGCCCCGCCUUACAGCAUGACACCUGCUAUGGUGAACAGCUCGACAGCAUCUAUGGGUCUUGCAGAUAUGAUGUCUCCUGGUGAGUCAAAACUGCCCAUGCCUCUCAAAGCAGAUGGCAAGGAGGAAGGCACUCCACAGCCCGAGAGCAAGUCAAAGGAUAGCUACACCUCUCAGGGUAUUUCUCAGCCCCCAACCCCAGGCAACCUGCCAGUCCCUUCCCCAAUGUCCCCCAGCUCUGCUAGCAUCUCCUCAUUUCAUGGAGAUGAAAGUGAUAGCAUUAGCAGCCCAGGCUGGCCAAAGACUCCAUCAAGCCCUAAGUCCACCUCAUCCACCACCACUGGGGAGAAGAUCACGAAGGUGUAUGAGCUGGGGAAUGAGCCAGAGAGGAAGCUCUGGGUUGACCGCUACCUAACCUUCAUGGAAGAGAGAGGCUCCCCCGUCUCCAGUCUGCCUGCAGUGGGCAAGAAGCCCUUGGACUUGUUCCGACUCUAUGUCUGCGUCAAAGAGAUUGGAGGUUUGGCACAGGUUAAUAAAAACAAGAAGUGGCGUGAGCUGGCAACCACCCUAAAUGUUGGCACUUCUAGCAGUGCAGCAAGCUCCCUGAAAAAGCAGUAUAUUCAGUACCUUUUUGCCUUUGAGUGCAAGAUCGAACGAGGGGAGGAGCCCCCACCGGAAGUCUUCAGCACUGGGGACACUAAGAAGCAGCCCAAGCUCCAGCCGCCAUCUCCUGCUAACUCAGGAUCCUUGCAAGGUCCCCAGACCCCCCAGUCAACUGGCAGCAAUUCCAUGGCAGAGGUGCCAGGUGACCUGAAGCCACCUACCCCAGCCUCCACCCCACAUGGACAGAUGACCUCAAUACAAGGUGGAAGAAGCAGUACAAUCAGUGUGCAUGAUCCAUUCUCAGACGUGAGUGAUUCAUCGUUCCCAAAACGGAACUCUAUGACUCCGAACGCCCCGUACCAGCAGGGCAUGAGCAUGCCAGAUAUGAUGGGCAGGAUGCCCUAUGAACCCAACAAGGACCCCUUCAGUGGAAUGAGAAAAGUGCCUGGAAGUAGCGAGCCCUUUCUGACGCAAGGACAGAUGCCCAACAGCAGCAUGCAGGACAUGUACAACCAGAGUCCCUCUGGGACAAUGUCCAGUCUGGGCAUGGGGCAGCGGCAGCAGUUUCCCUAUGGAGCGGGUUAUGAUCGAAGGCAUGAACCUUAUGGGCAGCAGUAUCCCGGCCAAGGUCCUCCCUCAGGACAGCCACCGUAUGGAGGACACCAGCCUGGCCUGUAUCCACAGCAGCCGAAUUACAAACGCCAUAUGGAUGGCAUGUAUGGGCCUCCAGCCAAGCGCCAUGAGGGGGACAUGUACAGCGUGCAGUAUGGCAGCCAGCAGCAGGACAUGUACAACCAGUACGGGAGCUCGUACUCGGGACCCGACCGGAGGCCCAUGCAGGGCCAGUAUCCAUACCCCUACAGCCGAGAGCGGAUGCAGGGCCCGGGGCAGAUCCAGCCCCACGGAAUCCCCCCGCAGAUGAUGGGCGGCCCGAUGCAGUCGUCCUCCAGCGAAGGGCCUCAGCAGAACAUGUGGGCAGCACGCAAUGACAUGCCUUAUCCCUACCAGAACCGGCAGGGUCCAAGUGGCCCUGCGCAGGCACCUCCAUACCCCGGCAUGAACCGCUCGGAUGAUAUGAUGGUCCCUGACCAGAGGAUCAACCAUGAGAGCCAGUGGCCUUCCCACGUCAGCCCACGUCAGCCUUACAUGUCAUCAUCAGCCUCCAUGCAGCCCAUCACACGCCCACCUCAGUCCUCCUACCAGACGCCCCCGUCACUGCCAAACCACAUCUCCAGGGCGCCCAGCCCAGCCUCCUUCCAGCGCUCCCUGGAAAACCGCAUGUCGCCGAGCAAGUCUCCCUUCCUGCCCUCCAUGAAGAUGCAGAAGGUCAUGCCCACGGUCCCCACAGCCCCAGUCACCGGGCCGCCCCCCCAGCCCCCACCCAUCAGAAGGGAGAUCACCUUUCCCCCCGGCUCGGUGGAGGCAUCACAGCCGGUCUUGAAACAAAGGCGAAAGAUUACCUCAAAAGACAUCGUUACUCCUGAGGCAUGGCGUGUGAUGAUGUCUCUUAAAUCAGGUCUUUUGGCUGAAAGUACUUGGGCUUUGGACACUAUUAAUAUUCUUCUCUAUGAUGACAGCACUGUUGCAACUUUCAAUCUCUCCCAGUUGUCUGGAUUUCUCGAACUUUUGGUAGAGUACUUUAGGAAAUGCCUGAUUGACAUUUUUGGAAUUCUUAUGGAAUAUGAAGUGGGAGACCCCAGCCAAAAAGCACUUGACCACAAUGCAGUGAGGAAAGGUGACAGCCAGUCGUUGGCAGACGAUUCUGGGAAAGAGGAAGAAGACGCUGAGUGUACUGAUGAGGACGAGGAGGAGCUGGACGGCGAGAAGACCGAAGCCGAUGACAGGAGCAGUAUUGCUGGGAGCACCCCAGACGCCACCGCAGCCCUGAAGGAGAAGCCCAGGCAAGCUAGUAAGUUCGACAAGCUGCCAGUGAAGAUAGUCAAAAAGAACAACCUGUUCGUCGUGGACCGGUCUGACAAGCUGGGGCGUGUGCAGGAGUUCAGCAGCGGCCUCCUGCACUGGCAGCUCGGCGGGGGCGACACCACCGAGCACAUCCAGACGCACUUCGAGAGCAAGAUGGAAAUCCCUCCUCGCAGGCGCCCUCCUCCCGCUGUCAGCUCCACGGGUAGAAAGAAAGAGCAGGAUGGCAAAAGUGAUUCUGAAGAGCAGCAAGAGAAAAGCAUCAUCGCAACCAUUGAUGAUGUCCUGUCUGCUCGGCCAGGGGCGUUGCCUGAAGAUGCAAACCCUGGGCCCCAAACUGAGAGCAGUAAGUUUCCCUUUGGUAUACAGCAAGCCAAAAGUCACCGGAACAUCAAGCUGCUGGAGGAUGAGCCCAGGAGCCGAGACGAGACUCCGCUGUGCACCAUCGCGCACUGGCAGGACUCACUGGCCAAGCGCUGCAUCUGUGUGUCAAACAUCGUCCGCAGCUUGUCUUUCGUGCCUGGCAAUGAUGCCGAAAUGUCCAAACAUCCGGGCUUGGUGCUGAUCUUGGGCAAGCUGAUUCUUCUUCACCACGAGCAUCCAGAGAGAAAGCGAGCACCACAAACCUACGAAAAGGAGGAGGAUGAGGACAAGGGGGUGGCCUGCAGCAAGGACGAGUGGUGGUGGGACUGCCUCGAGGUCUUACGGGACAACACGUUGGUCACGCUCGCCAACAUCUCUGGACAGCUGGACUUGUCUGCUUACACAGAGAGCAUCUGCUUGCCAAUUCUGGAUGGCUUGCUGCACUGGAUGGUGUGCCCAUCUGCAGAGGCACAAGACCCCUUUCCAACUGUGGGACCCAACUCAGUCCUGUCGCCUCAGAGACUUGUGCUGGAGACCCUCUGUAAACUCAGUAUCCAGGACAAUAAUGUGGACCUGAUCUUGGCCACUCCUCCAUUUAGUCGUCAGGAGAAAUUCUAUGCUACGUUAGUUAGGUACGUUGGGGAUCGCAAAAACCCAGUCUGUCGAGAAAUGUCUAUGGCGCUUUUAUCGAACCUUGCACAGGGGGACGCGCUAGCAGCAAGGGCAAUAGCUGUGCAGAAAGGAAGCAUUGGAAACUUGAUAAGCUUCCUAGAGGAUGGGGUCACAAUGGCCCAGUACCAGCAGAGCCAGCACAACCUCAUGCACAUGCAGCCCCCACCUCUGGAGCCACCUAGCGUGGACAUGAUGUGCAGGGCGGCCAAGGCUUUGCUGGCCAUGGCCAGAGUGGACGAAAACCGCUCAGAAUUCCUUUUGCACGAGGGUCGGUUGCUGGAUAUCUCCAUAUCAGCUGUCCUGAACUCUCUGGUUGCGUCUGUCAUCUGUGAUGUACUGUUUCAGAUUGGGCAGUUAUGACAUAAGUGAGCGGGCAAGCAUGUGUGAGUGAAGGUUAGAGGGUCACAUAUGACUGGCUAUUUUCUGUUCUUGUUUAUCCAGCGUAGGAAGAAGGAAAAGAACGUCUUUGCUCUUCUGCCCCAUUCACUAUUUACCAAUUGGGAAUUAAAGAAAUAAUUAAUUUGAACAGUUAUAAAAUUAA